GGCCGCCACAUGUUUUCAUUUUAAUACUUUUCUAAAUUUGGUUUUGAGGCAAUUUGGUUCAGAUUUGUUGGUAUACCAAUUCUUACGUCAACGUCAAUGAAGAAACGACUCCAUAUUUACGAAUAAAAAACUGUAGUAGAUCUGUACUCUCCCUUUUUCUUUGUAGAGAAGAAGAGAACUGUGAAAGAAGAUGAAGAUUGAGGAGGAUCUAGGUUUCAUCAACAUACUCAAACGAGCAACAAAGCUUCUAUGUGGUAACAUCAAUCUUGUUCUCUUCCUCUUCCUUUGCUCUCUCCCCCUCUUUUGUUUCUUGAUCUUCUUCGAGCUUUCACUCCAAACCACUGUCUCACUCGCUUCUCAAUACCUCGUUCGACAACUCACUAAUUGGGAUUACUACUACGUUCCUCAAGAUGCUUCCGUCUUGGAGAAUCUGAUUCCAUUGCUUAUCCAGACAUUUCUACUCUACUUGUUCCCGUACGGCCUCAUAGACCUCUUCACCACCACCACAAUAGUCUCUGCAUCUUGGACUGUUCACACGUCGGAGGAGGAACCGUUAAGGUUCGGUCAAUUGGUUCGGAGAACGGUAGAGAUAUGUCAAAACAGACUUGAAGGUUGUCUGAUCACCUCUCUGUACGUCCUUCUCUUGUCAACCCCUGUUUUCUUUGGCUUCUUAUUUGUAGCAACGAACUAUUUCCACAUCAUUUCUCUGACCGGAUCAGGCGAAAACUCAUACUACUAUUCUAUAAACAUUGAAGAAGAUGCCGAAGGCUAUUACAGAAGCAGCAGUGUCAACAGUCCGGUAAAGAUGUUGUUUGAUGCGGUUUUAGCUAUGUUUCACGGUGCUAUCUUUCUCGGUUUACUGGCGAUGUUCAGCAAGUGGAGUGCGGGAUGGAACAUGGGUUUGGUUGUUUCGGUGUUAGAAGAGGAAGAAAAUGGUCAAAGCAUAUAUGGAACCGAUGCCUUGACACUGUCUUCUAACUAUGGAAAAGGACAUGAGAAGCGUGGUCUCCAAGUGAUGCUGGUGUUCUUGGUCUUCGCUAUUGCGAUGAGGAUGCCAUGUUUUUGUUUCAAAUGCACGGAGAGUUCCAAUGGAAACAGAGUGUUGUACACGAGUUUCUAUGUGGGUUUGAUCUGUGUUGGGAAUAUGAUCAAAUGGGUGGCUUGUGUAGUGUUUUAUGAAGAUUGUAGAACUAGCGUUUUGGAGAAGAAAGGUGAUGUGGAGAUUGGAUCAAAAGGUAAGACUUUUGUUGCAUAGAUAAAUUGUCUUAGAUCAAACCAAAGCUCUCGAAUCUUAAACAAUUUCUACAUGACCAAUAGCUCUGGCCUCUUCAAGCUUUCCUUAUAGUUGCUCCGUUUAAGCCAUUAAGGUCAUAUCCCAAUGUAUUGUUGUGUGAGACUAUCAGUGUUCAUGGCUUGGCCAAGUAUUUAUUGAAAGUUAUAUUAUUGAGUUGUGUUUGAUCAUGUACACUUAUACAAUGUAAAGCUUAAUUUUAUCUUAUCUCUAACAUAAAA